AUGGUUCGGGCCGACCUUAUUUCAUCUGCUCCUGAAGCUGAAAUGAAUGGCGGUAUCAGAUCAGGGAUCUCUCUUCCCAAUUCUACCGGAAUUUUGCGUAAUAGCAACAGUUUCGGCCACCGCAGUUUCAUUCCCGGCCUACAACCAUUCUCUACCUCAUUUCCCCUAUUGCCCUCUUCUUUCGGCAAUGGCAAUGGCAAUGGCAAUGGGGGCGCUGGACUUAGCCCUGCAAACUUGUACCAACUGGUGUUCACCGGUGACAUACAAGUGGUACAACCACCAGCCUCCAGCUUAUUCACUGCAACUGGUCAUUUAAGGCAAAAUAUACCUCAAGGACAAUCUUACCAGCAGCAGGAACAGCCUACACUCAACCUCACCUCUAGUUUUGCUUCGUUUGGUUUCAAUACUCCAUCAGGCUCUCUGCAUACCUUGGCUACUGCUACUCCCGCCUCUGCUUCUGUACAGUAUCAUCUAACUCCCAUCAUUCCUGGACACUUGCGUUCGGCCCAUAAUCUUGCUCGUGUUCAAGCCUCUAACUCCGCAGCUGCCAACGUGGCUGCAGCCACCUCAACUCUUGGCCAACAGGCGCGAUUAUCCAGCGAAGCGGCCGUUGGCCACUCAGCGCAGCUUCAGCGUCACAAGGUUACGGUAAAUAGACAACCUGGUCGCGUUUUGCUUCGCCAGGCCGAGGCAAUUCUUGGUCAGCUUAAGGAUUCCCAUGCCUGUCUCGAGAUCGCCUUCGAUGGGGAGGUUGGCUUUGGUCUUGGCCCGACACUUGAAUUCUACACUCUGGUCAGUCGACAACUAAUGCAUGCCUCUCUGGGGCUCUGGUAUGGCAAUGAAACUACUGAAGAUGGUUUCGUUGUUGCACCUACCCCUGGCUUAUUUCCGAGACCACUGACAUCUUCUCGCAAAACAAAGGCAUCUACUUUUAAAGAGGUACGCGCUAAGUUUAUCUUUCUUGGCCGACUAAUGGCGCGUGCUUUACUUGACUUGCGUCAACUUGAUAUGCCUCUAUCACCACUCUUCUUCCGCGCUUUCCUCUCCGUUCCUGUUGAGGCCUAUUCCAGUUCCUCAGAAACUACUUGUUCUGCACGGGUUCCCAAGAUAAAGUUGGGGUCAACCAUCGCUACCUCCACUGGUACUUAUGUCUCCGCCUCUAUCCAUCCAACGCUGGCAGGUCAUUAUGCAUUUUCCACCAGUGAUCUCGCCUUGCUUGAUCCCCAACUGGCUCGACACCACCGCCAGUUGCGUGCUACUGUCAAUAAACGAAUCCGUUUGGUCAAACUGAUCAAUCGAAUUGCUGACCAAGUUGAGUCACGCCAAAAUGUCUCUCCACCUCGAUUUAAUCAUUCUAGACUACACCUGCAACAAAGGCAGCAUCAGCAAGCAACUAUUAGGCAGAAGCAAUCUACGGGCCUCGUCUCAUAUCUUCCUACCAAUCAUGUAGAAGGGUCAGCCUCCUGUUCAGGCAAUUCAUUCCUAUCUCCUGAAGCAGACAGCAAAAUAUGCACUCCAACGCGUAUCAUCCAAUCCACUAAUAGCGAUGAAUUUAACCAAAUUUCGUAUUCAAGCGACAUUGACUCUCUAGCGGAGAGUAAUACAGGUGAGGCCAUAGGGAAUCAAAUUCUAGAGCAAGAACGGCCACAGACAGUCCUUUCGGAGUCUUCGACAGGCUUUUUACCUACUGAUCAAUUAUCGGUCUCGGUGUAUCUGCCCAUCAUGGACCAACCUGAGGGCUCUAGCGUAUCAACUUUUCAGCCUCAAUCCACCCAGCAUCGGCUGGCUGAACUGAAUAGACAUCUUAAUGAACUAGAUCAAGAAGUAGAAGAACUAUAUCUCAACUUUGUGCUGCCUGGUUACGGGGCAAGUGGUUUUGUAUCACUAUCUUUUUCGAGCUUUUCGAUUAUUUGGUAUUUUAACUUUGAAUUAAGAACUUGA